UUAAAAGGUGAAAGGGAACGAUUGACCCUUGACUUGUACAGGAAUUUCCAUAGUGCUCCUAUGGCUCAAGCCCAUUUAGUGCAAAUCAUGAGCUCCACUUUCUAUGAACAAGGAAAAAAAAAAUAAUGUUUUUUCUUUCUUAAUAUAAUUCACUCCCACUCAGUUUAAAUUCAAUAUAUCUAGUAGCUAAAUUAAAUAGACUAUAUGAAAAGAGCGCCUAAGUUUGAAGUUGGAAGGAAGUCACCAUUUGUUUUUCUGGUAAGCUGAAAAUCAAGUCCUUUUUCCUAGAAUCUUCACUUGCAAUUACAUUGUUCAAAUCAAAACCAACAAUUCUAGCUUCCAAUCUCCUUAAUGGGGACAACAACCCUCAUUUUUCUCUCAUAUCACUUCUCCACUCUCUUCCUUUGCCUAAGUUAUACAAAGUCCCAGGCCUAUGAUCCGGAACAAGCAAUCCUGCUAAGGAUAAGGCAAUACUGGCAAAGCCCACCUCCUCUUAAUCAAUGGUCCCCUUCCAUCUCCUCCUCUCAUUGCUCUUGGCCUGGAGUCAACUGCACAAACAGCUCCAUCACCGGACUUCAUUUUACCAACAUGAACAUCAUAGGAACGAUCCCUCCAUUCAUUUGUGACCUCAAGAACCUCACAGUUCUUGAUUUUUAUAACAACAGCUUCGUUGGAAUGUUCCCUGUGGCUCUCUUUAGUUGUUCCAAGCUCCAGUACCUGAGCCUCUCUCAAAACUACUUUGCCGGCGCAAUUCCUGAGGAUAUUGAUGGCUUUUCCGGGCUCUCAGUCCUUGACCUUUCUGGUAAUAACUUCACUGGUAAUGUUCCAGCAGCUAUUGGACGUCUUCAGGAGCUAAAAAAACUUGGGCUUGAUCAGAAUCAGUUUAAUGGUACUUAUCCUCCAGAAAUUGGCAACUUGUCUAACCUUGAAGAGCUAUCCAUGGCCUACAACGAUUUUCUACCCUCAAGUUUGCCUUUCAGUUUCACCCAGCUGAAGCAACUCAGGUGGUUGUGGAUGUCUGCUUCAAAUCUGAUUGGAGAGAUUCCAGAAACUGUAGGAGAAAUGGUGGCACUGGAGCACUUGGAUUUAUCAAGGAAUAAAUUAGAAGGCAAUAUCCCCAGUAGUUUGUUCAUGUUGAAGAACUUGAGUAUCAUGUAUCUUUUCAGGAACAGGCUAUGUGGGGAGAUUCCUCAUGUUGUUGAAGCUUUGAAAUUAGUUGAACUCGAUCUUUCAGAUAACAAUUUGACAGGGAAAAUACCUGAUGAUUUCGGAAAGCUUCAGAAUCUAUCAGUCUUGAAUCUGUUCUACAAUCAAUUUUCAGGUGAAAUCCCAGAAAGUGUUGGUCGUCUUCCAGCAUUGAAAAGGUUUAGCUUGUUUAGCAACAAUUUAUCUGGUGUUCUCCCUCCAGAAUUGGGCAGACACUCAAUGCUUGAAACUGUCGAGGCUUCAUCCAACAAGCUUACUGGAAGGCUGCCUGAAUUUAUAUGCAAUGGAGGAAAGUUACUAGGAGUGGCAGCCUUUGAUAACAAUCUCCAUGGAGAGUUGCCAGAAUCACUUGGGAAUUGCAGUAGUUUGCUGAUGGUUAGUAUUUCACAUAAUUCAUUUACUGGCAAUGUUCCUGUUGGCCUGUGGACAUCUUCGAAUUUGAUCUAUCUGAUGCUAAGCGACAAUUUGUUCGCGGGUGAGCUUCCUGAUGAAGUAUCAGGGAAUCUUAAAAGGCUAGAGAUCAGUAACAACAGGUUUUCUGGUAAAAUCCCCAUUGGUGCUUCUUGGAGGAAUCUCACGGUGUUUAAUGCCAGUAAUAACUUGUUUUCUGGCAUUGUCCCUCAAGAAUUAACUGUUCCUCCUCUUCUCACUACUCUUCUGCUUGAUAGGAACCAGCUCAGUGGAGCCAUUCCAUCUGAUAUAGUCUCAUGGAAGUCAUUAACUACACUGAACAUGAGUCAAAAUCAACUUUCAGGACAAAUUCCAAAGGAAAUUGGUUUUCUACCUAAUCUUCUACAACUGGACUUGUCAGGUAACCGAUUUUCCGGUCAAAUUCCACCUGAGUUUAGCUCCCUGAAGUGUACUUUUCUGAAUCUCUCUUCGAAUAAUCUCACAGGGGAAAUCCCAAUCAGUUUAGAAAACACUGCUUAUAAAAGCAGCUUCCUGAACAAUCCUGGUCUCUGUACUAGAAGCUCAUUGCUAAGCCUUAAUCUAUGCCAUUCCAAUACCCAAAAAUCAAUAAAAAGUUCAACCCAAUUCAUAGCUCUGAUAUCAAGUAUUUUGGCAACAGCCUUUGUGUUAGUUUUGCUACUCUCAUUAUUUGUUAUCAGAGUCUACCAAAAGAAGCUCAUACUAAAUUCACCAUGGAAGCUCACCUCAUUUCAGAAGUUGGAUUUCACAGAAUCAGAUAUAUUGCCAGGUUUAACAGAAACCAACCUGAUAGGAACCGGAGGAUCAGGAAAAGUAUACCGUGUUUCUGUGCAGCGAUCAGGUCUUGUUGCUGUGAAAAGAAUUCGGAGCGACAAGUUAGACCAGAAACUUGAGAAACAAUUCCAUGCAGAAGUUCAGAUACUUGGUAGAAUAAGGCAUUUCAACAUAGUGAAGCUGCUUUGUUAUAUCUACAACGAAGAUUCAAAACUUCUCGUCUAUGAAUAUAUGGAGAGAAGUAGCCUGGAUCAAUGGCUCCAUGUGAAGAAGAGAUUAACAAAUGUCUCAGGUUCAGCCUGCUUGGACUGGCCGACGAGGUUCCGGAUAGCAGUGGGAGCCGCCCAGGGCUUAUCCUACCUCCACCAUGGCUGCUCUCCCCCCAUUAUUCACCGAGAUGUGAAGUCAAGCAAUAUCUUGCUAGAUUCUGCUUUCAAUGCAAAAAUUGCUGAUUUUGGUUUGGCCAAGCUGCUGGUUGAGAAAGGAGAAGCUUCAGCAUCUGUCAUGGCUGGCUCUUUCGGCUAUAUAGCUCCGGAGUAUGUCAACACAGUGAAAGUGAACGAGAAAAUUGAUGUUUACAGCUUUGGGGUUGUCCUUCUUGAACUAACAACUGGGAAGGAGGCUCCUUUUGGAGAUGAAGAUACAUGCCUAGCAAAAUGGGCAUGGCGUCACAUGAGUGAAGGAAGACCUAUAGUGAAUGCUCUGGACAAGGAGAUCACUGAAUCUUCUUACUUAGAUGAAAUGAUAAUUGUUUUCAAACUUGGGGUUAAGUGUACAAGCAAACUGCCUUCUGAUAGACCUUCCAUGAGAGAGGUCUUACGAGUCCUAGGUCAAUACAAUUAUCCAGUCGUUAAUGGACUGAAGAACAGGGGAAGAGAUAGCCAUGUCACUCCCUUCAUAUUGAGUUCAAAGAAUGGACGUGCAUCAGACAGUGAUGAAAAUGUCUGAUCUCACUGUUAGACCUGCGUACCAAUAAGUUUUAAUUCAAUGGUCUUCAAGUCCUCUUCGGUGGUGUGAAGUCUCUUGAGUUGGUCUUUUAGCAGAACUAGGUUAUAGAAUAGUUUAGGCAAGUAAUCAAGACUAUUAAGAAAAUAAGCAGCUCCUGCACAACUAUGUCUACUUAGGACUAGGAGCCUUAAUUUCGUGCAGAUCUACUUUCUGUAAUUCAGUGACUUCCACAAUCCAAGCAAAGCAUCAAUGGCAUGUGUAAAAAGUUCAAUA